CUUGGCGGCUUCGCACUUCACGGCGGUUUGGUUUGGCGUCUCUCCUCUCCUCUCCUUGGCCGAAAGUCUCUGUGUGAGGAUCUCCGUACUGUUAUUUGCUCUUACUAGGAAACCACUACAAAAUGUCCGACGAUGCUGGUGCAGUUGAUAAGAAGAGGGGCCGCAAGGCAGCGGCAACUGAUGAGGGAAGCCCUGCCAAGAAGGCGAAGAAGGAAGGAGCAACCCCCGCCAAGCGAGGCAGGGGAAGGCCAAAGGGUUCCGGAAAGAAAGCUGCUGCCAAGGCAAAGGCAAAAUCCACACCCGGAAAGGGAGGACGCGGACGACCAAAGAAGACUGAGAAGAAGGCAGAAUCAGCAGAGGAAGAAGAGAACGACGAUGAAAACUAAGUGUGUGCGAGAACUACUGUUACAUCUAAGUUAGGUUAAGUCUUCAGGUCUAGUAGUGUCUUAAAAGUGCCACCCUUAGCAUCAGGUACAGAGUUCUUUUAAAGAAAUAUUACAUCAAAAUAAACCACACAUUUUAGUAACUAACUACAAAAUAGUAAGUGUCAGUACAUUGAAUGUAUGUUAGUUUUUGUUGCCAAGAUCAGUGUAGAGUUGUUUUGUCUCUUGUUUUAUGUGUACAAUUAAUUUAGUUAGUAUAAGAUAUUUACUAAGAAUUUCACUUAUUUAUACCACACGAAACAUCACUGAUGUCUGACUGCAAUUGGAUUUCAGUGUUGAGAUUACAAGUGUAUCUCAUUUUAGUUAUUAAGAGUUACAUCUUGACCAAUCUGAAAUUGUAAACACUCUGUAUAAUUUGUGAGAGCAAAUAUAAUUUUUAUACUUGAUAA